AUGAACUGCGAUGUAACGAUGAACGAGUUAGAUAGCAAAGAAAAAGAGACUACCGAUAGUUCUAACAUGAAUGAAGCGUUUAAAGCGAAAGAUGGGGAAACCGAGUGUACGAAUGCUCUAAAAAUCGUUCAAGAUUCGCCUUCGAGCAAGGAGCCAAGCGUAAACACAAGCAACAAUGAACAGUACAAGCCCAUGGUCAUAAAGAAGAAACAUCGUCGUGGUUCGAGGCGAAGCAAGAAGAAAUACAAACCGUAUUCGAAGCUAACUUGGGAAGAAAAGAAAGCCGUAGAAGAAAGAGACAGCCGAAGAGCCGUGAGUAUUCGCGAGAAAUACAUGCACGAGAAGGGUCGGCCGCUCGCACCAUUUAACACUUCACAAUUUUUAAUGGCUGAACAUGACACUCAAGAACCAGACCUGCACGUACACAGGACGACGAGGUUUUCCAGUUCGGCUGACGAUUCCGACGAAGCCGAAUCCGCGUCGCUUUCAAACGAAGAAAGAGAUAUCGAAGAUGUACGGAAUUUUUUGCAAAAGGAUUUUGCCGAGACGUACGACCGCAUUCAUUCUGAGACUCUGCGUCGCAUGAACAAGGAAGAGCUUAUAAACGAGUACAUAGAACUAGAAAAUAAAGUCGAGAAUUUGGAGCGGGAAUUGAUGAGUAUUAAAUCGAAUGAUAAGGUAAAUGGUUGUUCCACACCAGGGGACGAUAUAAACGAUAGCAAUGUUGAUACUAGCCAAAAUAGAGGUCGACAGACUUUAGAGCAUGAAAUCGAAAAAUUACGUGAAGAGAAUCAAAGAUUAACCGCAGAGAAUUGUUUCCUGCAUCCUCUAGCGGUAACCAAACAAUAUCCAUCCGUUUGA